AUGGUUAAUAGUGCUGUGAAUAACGGAAUUCAUGUCCCAGUAAUGCUCAAUGAGGUUCUUGAUUAUCUCAAUUUGAAAAAAGAGGGAAUUUAUGUCGAUUGCACUUUUGGCAAGGGAGGACAUUCAAGGCCAAUACUAGAAAAAUUAGAAAAAGGUAAGUUAAUUGCCUUUGAAUGGGAUGAGGAAACUGCCAAUUUGGUUCAGGAAGAUAAAUUUUUUCUCUCUCCUCGGUUUCAUCUCAUUAAUGAUAAUUUUGCUAAUCUCGAAGAGCAUUUAAAAAAAAUGGGUAUCCAAGAGGUAGACGGAUUUUUGUUUGACUUGGGACUUUCUUCAGACCAAUUAGCGGAAGAGGGGAGGGGAUUUAGUUAUCGUUUAAACUCCCCGCUUGAUAUGCGAAUGAGUGGAAAAAGUAAGUUAAAAGCCGAAGACAUUAUUAAUAAUUAUUCUUGGGAAAAAUUAGCCGAUAUUUUUUAUCAUUAUGGCGAAGAAAGAAAAGCCCGAGUUAUUGCUCGGAAAAUAUGCUACCGACGACAAAAGGAAAAAAUUACUAAUUCUGAGCAAUUAGUUGGUAUAAUAGCCUCAUGUUUUUCACGAAAAAGCGACAAACAUCCUGCUCGGAAAGUAUUUCAAGCCCUCCGAAUAUUUAUUAAUAACGAGUUGGAAAACCUGACCCAAGCCUUAGAGAUUGCUUUCAAAUACUUAGCAGCAGGUGGAAGAAUUAUUGUAAUUAGUUAUCAUUCGCUAGAAGACAGAAUAGUUAAACAAAUAUUCAAAAAAUACCCCUCCAACAAGUUCCAAAUUAUCACUAAAAAACCCUCGACUCCUGCCCAACAGGAGAUAAUGGAAAACCAUCGAGCCCGGAGUGCAAAGAUGCGAGUUAUUACCCGAAAGAUGUAA